AUGUCUGACUAUAAAUUGUCCUCUGGUUUGUUUAGAACGGAGGGUGACAAUGCCAUCUCUAACAGAAGGCCGUCACCAAGGGAACUUGGCCGUUUGUCUCGUCUGGUCGAUGCAUCCAGCUGUGAGUGCCUUUUUGUUGAGCUUGGUCUUCCUUACCCAGAGAUCCAGACCACCAAAUGGGAGUCACAAAGCUUGGCGGGAAUCACACUGAUUACAAAGAUGUUUCUCAAAUGGACAAACACUUACCCGAAUCAGACGUUCCAGGACAUCCAGCGAGCUAUGAUGGCGGUUAACUUGGCAGCUGAUAGUGUCUGCGAAGUGUUAGAAACUGAAGAGGAAUCACAUGAUCAAGAUAUGGUCCCAAGCGAUGUCUGUAAUAGAACCCCGACUAAUGCUGAGAUAAAGAAAAUCGUCACCAAUGUUGGCAGCACGUUCUUCAACCUGUGCAUUGAGCUCGGAUUGCCACCUCCAAUAAUAGAGCAGCAUGAACUUGGCCAUCCUGUCACAUUCCAGGCAAGAAUGAGUGCUCUCCUCUGGUAUUGGAUAGAUACAUUCAAGUCGGAGGCAACCAUUGGCAGGUUGUUAACCGCGAUGAAGGUUUGUCGGAUGGACUGGCAUACAACAGCGAAGAUUUGGUCACCAUGAUUAGGAAGAAAAGUAUGAACGUGUGAAAAAUAUUCAUGUCACUCUGGACAUUCACACACAUUACUUCUCACAUAUACAUAUAUAAGAUAGAUAUAUGUUUUAACAGGUUCACUGACACUUUCAGCCGAACCUUAUAACACAAUGUUAGUGGAACAAGAUGUUUUUUCUCAUAGAAAUGUUACUUACAACAAAGUACUAACAUUUAACAGUUCAGACAACACAACAGAACGAAACAAAGUUGUGUUUUGUAUAUGCGUGUGAUUUACCCAAUUUUCAUGGUGACUUUUUUACAAUUUAAAAUGAAUCUCCGAUGAGGAUUUUAUUAUUCCAGAUAUCUUUAUAUAUAGCUUUUCAUACUUUUAUUCGCAAUUCUCUUCCUUGCUGGUGAUUCGGAAGGAAAAGCAUUAUUUAAAAAGCCCGAAACUGAAAAUAUCCUUUUAUCAGGACUACAGCUAAUAAGAAUGGUUCAUAUGGUGAAGUUGUUAUACCAUCAUGUGAAAAUAACGAAAUUGAAUUAUCAACGAAACAUAGGCUGUCUGAUUUUGUUAUUUACUUUGCUAUUGAGCCUCUAUGCACCAAUCGGUGAGAGAUAGUUUUAACUAUUUAUUGAUUUGAUUUUCAAUUUUUAUGUACAUGUAGAUGUCAAAAAUUGUGUGAUUUUGCAACUGUGUAUUUUUAUUAUGAGUUUUGAAUAUUACGUCACAUGCUUAGAACAUAUUACUUGUGAAAUCUUCCAUUUUAUAUACAGCAGAUGUGAAUUGUUAUUUUCAUUUCAACAUAUUUUAUUGACAUAAAAGAA